CAGAGCUCGGUAGUAAUAAAGCAGUGACGAAGAACUCGCAAUGGAGUUCGAAAAGUACAGUCACGAGCUCUCUCUGAGUACUGCGCGUGCUGUUCAGUGUCAACAUCAGGAUUCAGGACACAACAAGGACCACUUCACGUCAAGACCUGAGUGAGGAGAGGCCCCUUAGCUAAACACAAUGACAGAGGGUGUGGAGGAACAUCAUCCCCAACAGACCAAACACAACAAUGAUCACCGAAAAGUCCAGAGAAGAGACAGUGGUGAUGUGGCCACCUACAGCAUAACAUGCAGCAGAACAUCCUCUCUGCAGACCGUAAAAUCAGAGCCAGGGUUGAAAAAGAUGGUUAGCUGUGAGUCAGAGGAGCAGGACCAACAGGAAGAGGGAUCCGCCUCCUUUCCUGAGGUGCAGCAUCAUUUCACUGAAGGAGCAGAGGAUGGUGCACCUGAUGGUGGCUGGGGCUGGGUGGUCCUCGCGGCCACUUUUCUGGUCAUGGCAUUGACCCUGGCUUUCCCUUCCUGCAUAGGCAUCUUUUACACUGACUUGCAGAAUGACUUCCGUGCCAGCAAUACUGAAAUGUCGUGGGUGCCAGCCAUCAUGACGGCAAUGGUGCAUGCAGGCGGCCCCAUAUGCAGUGUUCUUGUGGAGUGCUGCGGUUGCCGCACAACAAUAAUUAUUGGCGGGAUACUGAGCGGGGUGGGAAUGGCGGCCAGCUCAUUUGCACAGACAAUGGCGGAGCUGUAUAUCACUGCUGGCAUAAUAACAGGAAUGGGAUUCUGUUUGUCUUUCCAGCCAUCGGUCACCAUGGUGGGUCAUUACUUUGUGCAUCGCAGGGCUUUUGCCAAUGCCUUGUCUUCUACUGGCACUGCACUCGGUCUGAGUACCCAACCCUUGCUGGCCAACUAUAUGCUCAGCAGGUUUGGUUGGCGGGGUAGCUUUCUGGUGCUGGGAGGGGUUCUGCUGAACUGCUGCGUUUGUGGGGCCGUGAUGCGACCCCUGGGGACCAAACCGAAGACAGAAGGAAGAACCAACCAAUUGCAACAAACCAAUUACCUUUCAGUUAGGGAAAAAGAGGGACUGAAAGUUUGCCUGCGGACCACUAUCUCCACCGUCAUGCCUUUCCUGCGCAGACACAUGGCUUUUGACCUCCUGUACAGUAACGUUCGCUUCCGUGUCUUUGCUCUUGGGGUAACUUGGAUGAUGCUGGGCUUCGUGGUUCCACUAGUUUACUUGGUUCCACAUGCCACCAUGUACGAUAUAGAGCAGGACCGAGCAGCUCUACUGAUUGCCAUCCUCGGCCUGGUCAACAUCAUUGUUCGUCCAGCGGCAGCACUGGUGUUAGGGCUGCCUCGUUUUCGAGGAAGCCAUGGCUUCGUCUACCUGUUUGCAGUGGCGGUAUUGAUCAACGGGAUGAGCAACUGCAUCUGUGGGAUAGCCACAAGUUUCUCAGGACUACUGACUUAUGUUAUAGUCUUUGGCAUUUCCAUGAGCCUCAUUGGCUCCUUGUUGUUCACCGUACUGAUGGACACAGUCAAGAUGAGCCGCUUUCCUUCCGCCCUGGGCCUCAUCAGCCUAAUGGACAGCUUUAUGCUACUGAUUGGCCCACCGCUAGCAGGAAUCCUGGUUGACAGCACUAAGCAAUAUGCUUAUGUGUAUUUCGCCUGCAGUGUAACUGGGUCCACAGCUGGUCUCUUCAUCAUGUUGUCCUUCUACUGGCUGGACAGACAGAAAGACAAAGAGGCUAAGAAGUCCUUUUGCCAAAAAGACAUUCAUUUUCAAAAGCCAAGCACUGAUUGUGAUUAUAGUCAAGUGCCUUUAAAAAGUAUUAAUGUCAGAGACAUUGAGACUGUUAUGUGAGUCGGGCUGCAGCGACCACUGUAUUACCCAACCCUAUUUCUGUGGCAGCACAUCAACAGAACACGUUUUCCUACUCUUCUCAUCAGCCUUUUAGUUAAGUCGACAAGACUUGAAAUGAUAUGUCGGAUCAGGGAGAUCCAAAAUGUGUACUGUUGGUGUUCCUUCAGGAACAGGUUUGGGAUACACUAUCUUUGAGAACAUUUCAGAACAGUGAUUUUGUUCAAUAACAACACGUGAUAAAAUCUCUCACCUCUGCACCAUUUUCCCCUCAUCCAUUUGUAUAGGAAUAGUUUACCCAAAAAUUAAAAUUUGCUGAUAAUUUACUCCCCCUCAGGCCAUCCAAGAUGUCUUCUAAAGUUAAUCGAUAUGUUUGUGUGAAAAACAAAUAGCUAAUUAAAACAUUAUAACUUCAUAGUCAUUUUGUAUAACAUGGUGCCAAAUGAGAAUUUUAUGAGUUGAAACCAUUCCGAAUCAUCAACACACAAAAAAAACAAACAAACAUAUGUAAUAAAAAAUAUAUAGUUUCAGUUUUUGCUUUAGUUUAGGAUGACUGACAAAGGCCAGUCGUGAUUGAUGGUAAUAUUACUGUCAUUUAGUUUCUGAUCGUUCUGCACACAAAUUAAUGUAGAAUACACAGGGAAUGUGUAAGAUAACUUUGUGCAAUUUUGUAUUUUUUUUUUAUUUAUAGAUGCCUUAAAUUAUGUUUUAGGAGUCUCUUAAAUCUUAUAAAUUUUUUAUUUUUUUUAGUUUGUGUAGAUAUGGCUUUUGAAAAUCAGUAAUUUAUAUAUACAUUUCUAUUUAUUAAAGGGAAAUUGAUGCAGUGUCUGUGAGUUUUUGUGGCUUCAGCACUCUUUGUGCUUGAUCUCAGUAGAUACAAUAGUUUAAUAUUUUUCACCGUCUUGUGGUGCUGAAAGUGUAAAGCAGUACCAAAAAAUAUGUUUACAUUUGGUGUUGUUUACUAUUGGGUCACCCUCCAAAAACGUAGCCUGUUCUUGAAAUAUUCUGAAAUUUCAUCAGUUUUUUUACACUAAUGUAUAUUUCAACUUAAAGUUUUCAACUGAGCAUAGAACUGACUGCACUGAGAGAGAAAAAAUGUUAGUUGAUUCAACCAUAAGGUAUAAAAAUAAAU